UUAAAUUACUUCGGAUGGAAAUUAUAAAACCCUGUGUCAACUAAAGAGAGCGACUGGAAAAUGACUAGGCAACUACGACAGCCCCUGGGAAAGGUGUGCGCGUAAUACGUUUGAUCUCGUUACAGCGUAUCUAAUUGACUUUAAAUUGAAUUUUGUGGUGUAAAACUGCUGCUUAAGGGUGCUUUGGGAACGUGUUUGUAAACGAGGAAGCGUAGGAGAGCCACGAUGUCCGGCGGGCGGCGGGCAUCCGCCUGACGUCACCGCAUCUCCAUCAUAACCUUCGCUCCGGAGCGCAAAUCUCCCGGACAUCUCACGGUAAGGAUGGCGACCCAGGAGCAGCAUCCCAACGACACCUUGGUGAGCCUGCAGACGGAGUCCGAGACCUUGAAGACUAAACUGGAGGAGGAAAGAGCCAAGCUGCACGAUGUGGAACUCCAUCAGGUUGCUGAGAAAGUAGACCCACUUGGUCAGUUUGUUCUGAAGACCAGGAGGACACUGAAAGGACAUGGAAACAAAGUUCUCUGCAUGGACUGGUGUAGAGACAAGAGAAGGAUAGUAAGCUCGUCUCAGGAUGGAAAAGUGAUUGUGUGGGAUGCAUUCACGACCAAUAAGGAACACGCUGUAACCAUGCCCUGCACCUGGGUGAUGGCCUGCGCUUACGCCCCCUCUGGCUGUGCUGUGGCCUGCGGAGGUUUGGAUAACAAGUGCUCAGUUUACCCUCUCUCCUUGGACAAGAACGAGAAUCUGGCAGCUAAGAAGAAGUCAGUGGCGAUGCAUACCAACUACCUGUCAGCCUGCUGCUUCACAAACUCUGACAUGCAGAUCCUGACCUCGAGCGGCGACGGGACAUGCGCUCUGUGGGAUGUGGAGAGCGGGCAGCUGCUGCAGAGUUUCCAUGGCCACGGCGCAGACGUGCUCUGCCUGGACCUGGCCCCCUCUGAAACGGGCAACACUUUCGUCUCGGGGGGCUGUGACAAGAAGGCCAACGUGUGGGACAUGCGCUCAGGGCAGUGCAUCCAAACCUUUGAAACCCACGAAUCGGACAUCAACAGCGUGAGGUACUACCCCAGCGGCGACGCCUUCGCCUCGGGCUCCGAUGAUGCCACCUGUCGGCUCUUUGACCUGCGGGCGGACAGGGAGGUGGCCAUCUAUUCGAAGGAGAGCAUCAUUUUCGGAGUGUCGAGCGUGGACUUCUCCCUUAGCGGUGAGUGUUCAAAGGCAAAUCAAUCGACCUCUGCACUCUACCACCCUAGCCUCACACCCAGGGGGUUGUGGGUUCCAACUCUGGCUCUGCAUGUAUGGCCUCUUGUACACAGUGUAUUCCUCUUUCCUUCACUUUCCAAACACAUGCAAUUUAACAAUUUUAAAUUGAUUUACAAGGUGCCCUCAUUGCAAGCUUGUGUGCCCCGCGAUGGACUGGCAUCCCAUCCAGGGUGUCUCCUGCGCCCCUACUGGUUAUUAUGGAAAUUCUAUUAUUAUGUCAAAUCCAAUUAAUCACCUCUGGAAGAGAGACCCAGCUGUGUGACCCACACAUAACUGUGCCCGGCUGAUGAGAAUCCCAGUAUAUUUUCUUCUAAGAGAUAUGGGGAAAAACAUAAUAUUGAAGGAAAUAGAAAUGACUGUCCUAAUGUUAAAAUGUAACAUUGGCUGGGGGGGGGUCCUGGGAAGUAACCUGGCUGAGUUGCUCAUGUGUGGGCGUUAAAUGUCAGUCAUAAAGGAACUGCAGGUUCCCCUCUGCUUAUUCCACCCCUUACUUUGCUAUAUUUGCUAUAUUGCUAUAUUUGUUUACAGAUGCAUUGCUUUAUGCAUAUAAAACCUGCCCCCCCCAUUUUCUUUGUAUUAUGAAAACCCUCCGCUGCCUAUAUAUGGAUCAUGUGACCGUAAAGACUUGACUUGAUUGCAACUUGGCCCGCGUCUUCGCGUCUUCUGUCUUUUUGAGCUGCCAUUCAGCUGUAACAUUUGCCUGUAACAUUUGAGUAGCUGCGGGGCGGGGGGCAGCCCUUGACUAAUUCUCAGAAACAUUUGUGGGGGGGCUUUCACCCUGGUGGUCCCUAGAGUGAUGGCAGGGAGUAAACUGACUAAGUAGCAGUAUUAUUACCCAGUUCAAUCAACACAAACAAAUUACAA